UUGUUUAUUUCUGCACGUAUUUUCACGAUCUAUAAUUCUAUCAAAGCCGUGAAUAGUACUUACGUAUUAAAAUCGCGUAAUUAUAUUUUAUGUCAAUACAGAUAUCUAUUACAUACAGCAUUGAUAGCGAUAGUAUCUUAACCUCUUAUUGGUUUGUUAAAUUGUUGUUAUUUGGUUUAUAUUGUUAUCAACUAACGAAAAAAUGUGUAAUAAAUUUUUAUAUUUUGCGUAUGGAAGUAAUAUGUUAACAAAAAGAAUACAUAUUAACAAUCCAACUGCGAUACGAAAAGAUAUCGGUUUUUUAAAAAAUUUCAGGCUAGACUUUAUAACACACUCUAGAAGAUGGGGUGGAUGUUCUGCAACAAUUGUUCCCACAGAAAAUUCUGUUGUAUGGGGUGCAGUUUGGGAAUUACAUGAAUGUAAUAUGUCUACAUUAGAUAAUCAAGAAGGUGUUGCAGAUAAAUUAUAUUUUCCUUUGACAGUUGACAUUCAAACUCCAAGUGGUAAUAUAUUAAAAUGUAGAGUAUAUCAACAGUGUAACAAUCCAGAUGAACAUGUAAAUUUGUGUUCAUUACCAAAACACAGAAGACCAUCGCCACUAUAUCUAGAUACAAUACUAAAUGGUGCAAAAGAAAGUCAAUUGCCACACAAUUACAUUAAAUGUUUAGAAACAAUACCACAUAAUGGAUAUGAUGGAGAAUACGAUAUCGGUUCGCCGCAAUUUGUUACCGACUUCCGCUUUGAGCCAAUGGUUCCUUUUUCCGGUGUGUGCGGUGUAAACAACUUCGUGAGUAAUAUUUCAAAUUUUAAAUCCAGCAAAACUUUUAACAUCCGAAAUUAAUAUUUAAUUUCAACCAUGGGUAAAAGAAAUAAUAUGAUUCCUAAUGGGCACUUCCACAAAGACUGGCAGAGAUUUGUCAAGACGUGGUUCAAUCAGCCAG